CUGAUUGCGCGACAUAGCCUGGAGCGAGUCGGCCAAGUUUUUUUUUCCUCCUUAUUUUUGUGGAGAUUGCAGGCCCCCUCCAACAAACAGAAACUCUCCGAAAAGUGUGUCUUUUACUGCAGAGUGUGGCUUUUCACCGUCAAACUGGGGGGUUUCUGUGUGAUAUCAAUCCUAAAUGAGGGCGUGGCUAAAGCUAAACUGAGGUAGAUGAGAAAUGACGGCUUGCGAAGUAUCGACGCAUUCCAUUGGCUAUCGUCAUGUUAAGUGCUACAAUACGCAUUGGCUUGGCUACCACUAAUGAGGGCAUUCGUUACAUGCGGGCUCGGUGCGGCGGUCCGAUGUAUAAACCAGAAAGUGAGUUCCCCGUGCGGUUCAGCAUAGAUGUCAGCCAGUGAACACGACUCAUCAAAAAGCUCUCGAACCUUUACAAACAAACAUUGCGAGUACAGUGUCAUGCUCGGACAGGACACACUUUCCCUGCUACCAAUACUUACUACUUCUACUCUACCGUGGUAACCCAUUUGAAGAAAAUUCGUGUUGUUAUAUGUGGAGGACUAUUAUUAUCAAUCUGAAAAGGAUUUAGACUUGCUUUCCCCACUGGUAAACUACGGCUCUUUCAUGCAUGCAUCGUGUGCUGAACUCCCUGAUUUCACGCAGUCGACUGCUCGACGAUAUCUGUCGGCAGUACCACCGCCAAGCAUAGACGGGAACUGGGGCGGGGCGGCCGUCGGUGCUACACCCGGCGGAGCCUCUCUUGGACACGCUGCAGCCAUGAUUUCGGCCCAGUCUAAACUGCUCUACCAGCUCAACCGGUAUAUGGGAGAAAGGGUGGCAAUCCGACGAGCGAACAGCAACAAAACGGUGAGAGAAGUCUGUAAAAUUGUCACCGAUGUUCUGAAGGAGGUUGAGGUCCAGGAGCCAAGAUUUAUUAGCUCGCUGGUCGAAAAUGAAACAGGACGAUUUGACGGACUGGAAGUCAUCUCGCCGAACGAGUUCGAGGUGGUUUUAUUCCUCAACCAAAUGGGGGUAUUCAACUUUGUCGAUGACGGUUCCGUCCCUGGAUGUGCCGUGUUGAAGCUGAGCGAUGGACGAAAGAGAUCCAUGUCACUUUGGGUCGAGUUUAUCACUGCAUCGGGCUAUCUUUCUGCCAGGAAAAUUCGAUCGAGGUUUCAAACGCUUGUAGCUCAGGCCGUGGACAAAUGUAAAUACAGGGAUAUCGUGAAAAUGAUCCCGGACACUUCAGAAGUCAAGUUACGAAUCCGUGAACGAUUUAUCGUCUUGAUAACCCCCGCGUUCAAAUGCAGCGGUAUCUGGCCCCGUAGCGCAGCUCAUUGGCCCUUACCUCACAUCCCCUGGCCCAGCCCUGGACUGGUAGCUGAGGUAAAGACCGAGGGCUUCAACCUGCUGUCAAAAGAGAGCCCCGCCCAAGCUGGGAAACAAACAUCAGCCGAGGGAGAUGCAUGGGUGCUAUCCUUUACCGAUGCAGAGAACAAACUCUUGCAGGGAGGAUGCCGUCGAAAGACUCUCAGCAUCCUCAAAACUUUGCGAGACAAACACCUCGAUCUCGCUGGUCAACCCGUCAGAAACUACCACCUGAAGUCGCUGCUCCUGUACGAAUGCGAGAAACAUCCUCGUGAGAUAGACUGGGACGAGACUGUUCUUGGAGACCGUAUCAACGGGAUUCUACUGCAGCUGAUAUCGUGUCUUCAGAACAGGAGAUGCCCUCAUUACUUCUUGCACGGACUCGACUUGUUUCACGGGAAACCACAUGCUGCUCUCGACCAGGCCGCCAAGCAAGCCUGGAGAAUAACCCGGGAGAUUCUCACUAAUCCCAAAAGCUUAGAAAAACUAUGACAAUAAUAACUAUAUAUAUACAGAGAACUUAUAACUAUGAUGUAAAAGUCGCCGGUUAAAAUACUAUAAUUAAAAAAAAGAUAUCAGUAUUCCAAUUUCAGCGUCGCGGAACAAAGAAAUUAAAUUGUGAUCACAAAGUUUAUUGGAAAAGCAAGGCGAAAAUAUUGAAGAGAGACCUCGAUGGAUCGACGAUUGUCUAAAUGUGCGCCCGCACAAUAAUCAUAACUGUACAGUUUAGGAAGCGUAAAUUGGGUGAUGAUGACGCCGGUGCGGUCCCGUGGUUUCUGCGUUGUGUCACUGUUAAAUGUUUUCUUACCCUACCUAGCUAUCUCGUGCUGCCACGGAGCAAUUUAGUUUCGGACAAGAAUGACUUACGCAGUUGGAUUUGUGGCGAGAUUAAAGUAUUAAGCCAAGCUUGAUUAUCGAUUUCUGUGAGUAACCGCAGCUAAUAAAAAAAUAUGAACCAUGAUUUAUUGUAUUAUGAUUAAAUAUGAAAGCAUGAAUGUGUACGAAAGAAAAGAACUGCUCUAAAAACGCUGUAAAUUGAAAAAACGGAGGUACUUGGUGUUUAAUGUUGAAGUAGACUGCCUGAUAAACUCAAGAUAAUUGUUUGUUUGAGGCAACCCUCAAAUACAUACAUGUACUUAAUAAUUGUUGAGACGGGCAAUUACAAAUGUCAAUAGAUUUGUUCUUCUUCAUUUCAGUGCAGAACAGCCAAUACAUUUUCUUUCAAUAUUGAGGAUUCUUAUGUUAAUCGAGUUAUACAAGCUUUCAGUUACUAAUUCCAAAAAAGUUAAAAUUAAUUGGGAUCUGUAUAUUGAUACAAGCUCUUUCUCUUUAGUUUUGUAGUGCACCUUGUCUACGCAAAUAUAUUAGUAGGCUAUACUGUUUCCCAUCAAUAUUUCUAAAUCGUUUUGCUUUAUUCUGACUUCAGAGUAGGAGAUGAAUAUUCUUAAUAUAUAAAGAGAUAACGAAAAUGUGUCAUAAAUACAUUCUUUUUCCGAAGUUCUCAACAUUGUUUAGUGCCACAAAAAUAAUUCCCAGGAUUUUAAACUAAGAAGUAAGAUAGGCAUUCUAAAUAUUUUUAGGCAAAGAUUUACUAUCAAGAUAAUUUUUAGUUCACAUACGUGUCCACGCCGAGUCAUUUCAUGUGUAUUUGCAAACACAACGUUCAGUCUUUCCCACUGUCAUUUGUCUUUGUUUGAAAACAAAUUACAUUGUUCCUGUAGUUGUAUGGUUCCGAGUAUUCUCUGUUCAUGCUAUUCCGUUAGGCCUUGGUCUAUGACAUUAUAAUGGGACAAAGUUGAAUUCAAGCCAGAUAAGUUUUUGUUCGAAAUCUAUGAUGAUAUUAUGUGCAAGAUAUUGUGAUUUUAUUUGAUGUUGUUGUCUCUUGAAGAGCUAUUAUAACAUGCCAAUGCGGCAUGGUCUAUAUAACACA